AUGGAAAGACCCGCGAAGCGCAUGAGAAUAUCUAAUCCUGAAGUGCGGAACCCCCGAGACACGGGUUCAAGAAUGACCGAGGGCCUCUUCACAUCGGAGCUUGGUAUUCGAAGCGACGACUCGGACGAACCCGUUCAUGCAACUCGAACAAUUAGCUUAUCGGAUUUCCAAAGACGAAACAUCUAUGGUGAAUACCAACGUGUACCACGACAAGUCUUGCCCCGGGGGGAUCAGGGCAUAUACCUCCGGCCCCGAGCCCCAGAUGCGACCGUCACUGCGAGCGUGGUUGAAAUCAAUGUCAAUGACGGUACUUCAGUGUCCAAAGUGACGGAGAUAACGGCUGCUCCAUCUGGAACCGUUGUCUCCCUAUCAAACAUGGGGACAGCCGCUGUUUCUCUUACCGUUCCUGGGAAUGAAGCAACAGACAGUAGCAACACCGCAUCUGAGACCUCUACAUCGACCACCGAUGACCCUUCGUCGACCUCUUCUUCGACAACUUCAGGGACUGUGGAGGUGACUACCACCUCAACAGGGUCCAGCACGACAGCCAGCACAACAGGUUCCAUAAUUCCUAACGGUCCGACCAACGGCACUACAACCUCUGCCACAAUCACAGAGCUCACAGUUACUGUUACAGCCACGUCUACUUACGAGAUCUCGCUCAUUAAUGGGACCUUCAUAACACCAAAUGUAACUGCAUUCGUCACAGCCACCGACUACAGCCAAACGGGGCUCAUCACUGAUAUCGACACAGCUACCACUUCGGCAACCUUCACAUUUGGAGAUCUAACCAGCACACCCUCACCGACCUAUUCCUCUGAUUACUUCGAUUCAGGUGCAGCUUCGACGGGGUACCUUCCAGGGGGUAUCGUACAGACGGGCUCGCCUACGGAAACGUCUGGCUCUGCAUCCAGUUCAAGUCCCUCGUCAAAGUCUGAUUCUGGAGGUGACGGUCCUGGGCUAAGUCCCACACAGCAACAAGUCGUUGGCGGUGUGGUCGGAGGCAUCGCUGGGAUUGCGGUGGCUUUGGCUAUCUUGCUUGUCGUUCUUCGUUGGUAUCGGCGUCGACUCAAGGCGCGUGGCCAACUACCGGAACAGAUUGCUGCAAGGCAGCUUGGGAGUGAUUCGGACAACCGCUAUCCCAUGUCUAUGCGAUCAUCUAAUACACCGUUUACUGCCGCCGUUGCUCACAAUCUCAGAAGACUUCGACCUCACAGCCUGCAGACAAAUGCCACCACGGCAACCGGUGGGACGGAUUUUAGCGCGAAGGAUUCCGAACGCGGCUUCCAAAGGAUUGCCGGUCGAAAGAUUGCGCCGGUGUUGAGCAGUGGAGGUGACCCGUAUGGUGGCAACUAUGGUGCGUUUGAGAAGGAGGCCGAGGCUGGUCCAUCCGACCCUCUGCACGGCGCAGAAAGGAGCCUUGCCGGUGCUUCUUUCUAUCGUGAUCAUGAUGGGUUUUACGGAGGCAAAGGCAACCACUCGCCCACUUUCCCACCUUCACCAACAACUGCUGCAUCGGGUGGAAAAGCCGGCGAGCUACCUUUUGGGCUCGCGGGGCUAGGCUCAACUGUGAGGGAUUUUGCCGGUACCAUCGGUAGUGAUAGUCAGACAUCCCUGAACGCACCAAGCCGACCUGAAGGCAUUGCAGUGAUGCGGCCCAGUCCCGCUCGAACUCCCGUCACGCUGAGUCCUGCUGCGAGCUCGAUCAGGCUGCCCAUUCAACCACCACCGACCUUGGACGAAGAUGCUCCUCCCUUGCCCACCGGACUAAACAUACCUGGCCAGAUGCAGAGAGAUGGAGUUGGUCGAAGUCUGGCGAGUCAAGAUGGUAGUCAUAUCAGCAGAAGCAGUGGAAGAAGUGGCACGAGAUUUGUGGAGAAUAUAUGA